AUGUGACCUCACGAAGGAGAUCUUCCUCUGUGAUCUCAGAGCAUCCGUGGAAGAAGUCUGCUUGGAACAGUUCUAUCAAGGCGUUUGGAUAGAAAGUUGUUUGUUCCAGAAAUGGACACCCAGCACUGCACGCUGCCUGGACUCUGUGCUCGGUGUUGUGCUACUCUUAGGGACACUUCUUUCUUGUGAGAUGCCCACCCUGGCACCUGUGUGCGACCCAGCUGCCAUCGGUAGAACUGAGAGGCCCCUUAAUUUCUAGUGGAGUUGAGACAGGAGGGAGCAGUGCUCUGAGCCAGCAGUUAUACAACCACCGCGGAACUUUCCAGGGUCACUCUCUUCAUCUCCUCAUUGAAAUUCAGGAAGCGGCACUCCUUCCCCUGGCUUAAGGGCAGUUUUGCUGGGCUUUUGUUCCGUUUAUGAAUAGUUCUUGCUAGAAGCCCAGGGCAGGAUGACUUGGUAACAGCAGCCCCUCACCCAGAGAGCAGCGCUCCCAACACCAGAAACCACUGGAGAGGUGACUCCAGAGCUCCAGGUACAGCUGUCGUGUGGCUUGUGUCCUCUGAGCACCAUGACACGGGAUGAGCAGUGCAGGGAGGAGCUCAGUUACGACCGGAUGCCCACCCUGGAGCGGGGAAGGCCGGAGGCCGGGAGCUACGCCCCAGACGCCAAGCCCAGCGACCUUCAGCUGUCAACAAGGCUGCCCCCAUGCUUCAGUCACAAGACGUGGGUUCUCUCUGUGUUGAUGGGGAGCUGUCUGCUUGUGACUUCGGGGUUUUCGCUUUAUCUGGGAAAUGUGUUUCCUUCUGAAAUGGAUUACUUACGUUGUGCUGCAGGAUCGUGCCUUCCCUCGGCAAUUGUGAGCUUCGCUGUUUCAAGGAGAAACAUCAAUGCGAUCCCCAACUUUCAGAUCCUGUUUGUGUCCACUUUUGCCAUCACCACUACAUGUUUAAUCUGGUUUGGAUGCAAACUGGUCGUGAACCCCUCAGCAAUAGACAUAAAUUUUAAUCUGAUUCUGCUCCUUCUGUUGGAGCUUUUCAUGGCGGCCACGGUGAUCAUCUCAGCACGGUCGAGCGAGGCGUAUUGUAAGCAGAAGGGGCCCGUGUCAGAUAGCACCAACAUUUUGUAUGAAGUGGCGUUUCCUGCUCGGGUCCUGAAAUCCUAUUCAGUCAUCGAGGUGAUUGCUGGCGUCUCCGCCGUCCUGGGUGGGGUCAUCGCUCUGAACGUGGAUGAGGCCAUCUCGGGGCCGCACCUCUCUGUGACGUUCUUUUGGAUCUUGGUGGCCUGUUUUCCAAGUGCCAUUGCCAGUCACGUCACAGCUGAGUGUCCCAGCAAGUGUCUGGUGGAGGUGCUGAUUGCCAUCUGCAGCCUCGCGUCCCCGCUGCUGUUCACGGCUUCUGGGUACCUGUCCUUCAGCGUCAUGCGAGUCCUGGAGAUCUUCAAAGAUUACCCGCCGGCCAUCAAGCAAUCCUACGACGUGCUGCUGCUGCUGCUCAUGCUGGAGCUGCUGCUGCAGGCCGCCCUCAACACCGGCACUGUCGUCCGCUGCGUGAGCUUCAAGCUGGGCACAUCCUGGGAUGCUGCGCAGAUGGGCCAGCAGGAGCGCCCAGCAGGGGAGGUGUCCAGAAGCCCCCUGAAGGAGUUCGACAUGGAGAAGGCAUGGAGGGCCGUCGUGGUGCAGAUGGCCCAGUGACCGCGGCGCAGGGACACCGAGGCAGGGGUGGGCCCCCGCCUGGCUAGCGGUCUUCCAGCCGCCACUUUCUAACUUGCUCCUUUCCCCUCCAUCCAGGCCAGGCUGCAAGGUGGGGUUUCCAUUUCUUACAGUAGUUUAAUUUUUAAGUAGGCAAAUCUUGACUGUUUUGUGCUUAUAAGUCUUUGAGUUCCUCACCCCGAGGUGCCAUCUCCUGACAGCAGUGCUGGGCUCUCAGGGGAGGAAGGGCUUGUGCUGGGGCCAGACCGCCCCGGCGCCUGUAGGCAGGCCUUGGAGGUGCGGCCAGCCUCCUGUCCGUCCCCCCCGCACCUCGCCGUCUUCCCGGGCCCAUUCUCGUCGAGCACCCACUUUAAGCAGACGACAUUUGUGCCGUGAACAGCCCCACGUGGCUCUUCCCGACUUCGGCAUCCCUCUGCUGAGACGUGCCUGCCACGCACUCUUUAGGAUCACAGAGCAGAGCCACGUGCUCCUGUCGUGUCUCACAAGCCAGGGGAGCCCCUUCUCCCCAGGACUGUGGUGACAGGGCAGCCGCCACGCCCACAGCUGAGCGUGUGUGGAGCCCACGUGCCCAAAUUUCUGCCCUCGCUCUUAAACCAAGUCAUUGCAGAAGGACCCUGCCCACUCAGUGUUGCUGGUGUGGUCUGUGUCCUGCACGGCGUGCGGAGACCCAGGUCCGCAGGGCUGUCUGCACUUGUGCCUGGGGAUCCAGCUCCUGAACCCUGUUGUCAACACAAUACUAAGAGUGACCCUGGCCCCUGUGACAGCUCAGUGUUCUUUGGGGCAGGGCCAUGCCCAGGGCUUUGGAAACUUGGAUCACAUUUCUGGGUCGCGUUGGCCUUGGUGAUGCAGGUGGGGCUGGGCCCUCCCUCCUGUCAUGGGGCCUGCUUGCACUCCCAUUACCAUGCUCAAAUUGUGAGAUAGAUGCCCCCCUAGAACCCUCAUGGGGGUUGUCCCUGAGCAUUCUCCAGCCCCUCCGUUUCUUAACCUCACUUACCUGAGGUUCCGGCCCAGGCCAAGGGUCUCUAACAUCUGUCACUGUCCCCUCCCAGACAGCGGAGACAGUUUGGGUGUCAGGGUAAUAUUUGCUUCAGUUAAAAUCACGGCCAAGAAUUAGUUUGUGUGCCAUCUCCUUGUCCCUUAGUAUGCCUGGAAUUUUCUGGAAGAAUGAUGAGCUUUUCCUAGUUGACAUGGGCACAGAUAAAUCCCCAGUGGGUGGGGAGCACCUUCUGAAGGUGGAAAUGUUCGUGGUUUCGGGAAUCGUCCUGGGGCCUGUACUUGCGUUCACAAGGCUGCACGUGCAAGUGGUUGUGUCUCUUCCUCCCACAGAAGGAGCUAAGCGGCACCGUGCUGGAAGGUGCUGACGUUUGCCCUUCCCUGUAGUUUGUUAGUGAGGAUGGGCCGGACUGGCUGGGUGUAGACCUGGUGGGGGGGGAGGGUUCAAGGCUCGUCCCUGGUUUCUCAUUGCUGAGCACAAGUGACUGGCCACCAGGGUGUCCUCACAGUAGUCACGGCAGGUUGCAGCAGGAGGAAGGCAGAAGAGACACUGGAAGGGGGGAGUGCCAGCCAGGGAGGCUUGUCCUCCCCUGACUGUGUCCUUGGCCACAUCCCCAAACAAGCAAGAGCGGGGGAGAUGGCUCUUUCCUGCACACACGCAGGCCCCCGAGCCACAGUCCAGGCCACCUCCCCUUCCUGCCUGCGGCUUCCAGGCGAGGAGGCCACAUGGGACGGGAGCCACGGAGAUGGCACAGGCCACUCUGAUGUUUCCUUGGCUGUCCAGGUCUGAGUCUUGGAGCUGGAAUUCGGCACCUGGGGCUUGGUACUGGGUUGCACUUUAUUUCAGAUAGAGCUUGAGAAAUCCAGACCAAUGGGAUUUUAGAAAUGUAUGGCUCUGUUUCUGUCGAUUGACCUUUUUCUUUUAUAUAGUUUAAUACCUCCUGAAUAAUAAAUGCUAACAUGUAA